AUGGUUCAACUCCUUCCGCCGCGUCCGGUGACAGCCGAGCAGGUCCAAUCGAUGGAGGCCGGAUUCGCGCCAAUUGCCAUCUCCCCGGCUCCACCAACGCCAGCCCCUCCGAUCGGCAACAAUUACGCAGCGGCCCCGGCGGCCAACGGCCAAAACGUCGACCCGAAUACCGUAGACAUCCUCUUCGAGAAGGAUCUCCCCGACGAGCUGGCAUGUCCCAGAUGCGAGCAGGCCCUACGUUCCGCCACAAAACUCCCUUGCGGUCAUCUGUAUUGCCAGGAGUGCCUUGAGGGCCUCCCAAAAUGCCUGGUCUGCGCGUCCGACAUCGCCCCCGGCUCGGGCAAGCUGGACAAGAACACGAUGCGCAAAAUUCAGGGCCUGUCCGUCUACUGUUCUUGGAAAGACCAGGGCUGCGAGUGGAAGGGUACGCUGAAAAAUCUGGAGGAACACGCGCUGAACUGCGAUUUCCACGAAGUUGUCUGCAAUAACGGAUGCGGGCAGAUUUAUGCUAAGAAGAAUGAGGAGCAGCACCUCCGCGAGGAGUGCGGCCGUCGCGGGGUCGUCUGCGAGAAUUGCAGCAAGGAGAUCCCGGCCAAGGCCAUGGAAAUCCACCGAAAACUAUGCCCAAUGGCGAGGAUCAACUGCCCGAAUCAAUGUGGGUUGGAAGGGGUGACCCGCCAGGAGAUCCGCGAGCAUCAGGCCCUAUGCCCCAAACGGGGUAAUGGGUGCCCGUUCGGGGAAUUUGGGUGUAAUUUUGCUGGUGAGAAAGAGUCCCUCCAAAAGCACAUCAGCCAAGAGCCCAUCCGCCAUCUCACCUACCUAUGUGACGGCGUCGUCGAGCUGAAGAUGCUGCUCGCCCACAUGCAAGUCCAAAUGGAGACGAUGACCGGCGCUAUGCAGGAGCUGCAGCUUAAGGGUGACCUCCUCGAGAAGCUCUACGGGGCCCAGCUCGUCUGGCGCAUCGACAACUUCCGGCAGAAGCUGAACGAGGCCAAAUCGGGGGCAAAAUCCACCAUCUUUUCGACCCCAUUCAUGUCCGGACGCCAUGGCUACAAGAUGAUCUGCAGCGUGUGCCCGUACGGCGAUGGGCCAGGCAAGCUAGCAGAGAUCAUU